AUGGAGUCGACUGAAAUAAAAAAUAUCAAGAAAUAUAUCGAGUUUGAGAAACAAAAGUUUAUAACUAAGUAUGGUGAGCCAAAUGUGGACAUCAUUCCAGUAUCUGACUUGUCAUUUUCUCAUAAAUUAUGGACGGGUAGAUUUGGUCAUAUGGUAUUGGCCCGACAUUGUGCCACCGGUGAGUUGAAAACUGUGAAGGCAGUAAGUGCUAAAGUGGCAUCCACCUGGCCAAAGAAUGUGAAUGCCGAUCGGAAUGUCAUGGCAGCGAUGGGUACGUUUCCAUUCACGGUCCGUUUGGAAUGCUGGGCCGCGGACGCUGAGUGGUUGUACUUGAUCAUGCCUAUAGUUUCUAUCGGCACUCUAUUCGAGCUUGUGUCUCAAUAUGGAAGGCUCAACGAAAACGUGGUCCGUUUUUUCUCUGCUCAGAUCUUGCUAGGAGUUGAAUUCUUACAUGCUACAGGGCUAGUGCAUCGAAACCUCAAGCCUGAGAACGUGCUGGUCAACGUUAAUGGUUAUUUGCGGCUGUCAGGGUUCGGUGACAGUAAGUUGAUCGGGCGAGCCAGUCGCACCUACUCAUUUUGUGGCACUCCUGAUUACAUGCCACCUGAGAUGGUUGGGUUCCGUGGAUACGGUUUGGCCGUGGACUACUGGAGCCUAGGUAUCAUGCUCUACGAGAUGGCAGCCGCGCAUCCACCAUUCAUAGGACCAGAUGUCGGCGUGUUGUUUGAACGGAUCUUACGUGGCGAGUACCGAAUGGAUAAUAUGUUCAGCCCACCACUCCGAAACUUGAUUCAAAACUUGGUUCAAAAAGACUUGACCAAACGACUAGGUAAUUUGAAAAAUGGAAUUUCUGAUAUUAAGAACCAUACAUGGUACAGUGCUACAAAUUGGUUGCAGAUAAUUAAUCAAAAAACGGAGUCACCUUUUAAACACACCAACACUAGAUUUAUACCACCGGAUUACGCAGAAUUAGCGUUGUGGAAAAAUGAUGAAUUUUUCGAUUUUUAA